AUGUCAAAAGAGUUGGUGGAGACUGUACAAUUUAAAACUACUGAUGAUUAUCAUUUAACUAUAAUAGAUCAAUUAAAAGAACAACUAAAAUUACAGCAAGAAGAUUUACUACUUCAACAAAAGGAAUUAUUUUCUCAACUGAAUCAUAUUCCAAAUCAAUCAAUUUCAAAUAACAAUUGGAGUUUCACCCAGGGUUUAAUAAUUGGUCAAUUAUCUGUAAUAUUAAUUAUAACUAUAUUUAUUAAAUUUUUUGUAUUUGCUGAUGCAAAUAGUAUAUCUAAUUCAAUUGAAAAGGAUACUUCCAAUAUAAUAGUCAAAAGGGAAAAAGAUAAAAUAAAACCUAAUAAUGAAGAAGAUGUAUUAAAUGAUGAAGAGUUAAAAAUUCAACAAAAUAAACUUAAAAUUCAAUCCAUUCUUGAGAAAUGUUAUUAUGAUGUGCAUAAUCAUUCACCAGAAUCGUUAGAUUGGUUUAAUGUUUUAGUGGCCCAAACUAUGUCUCAAUUAAGAACUGAAGCUUUAUUAAGUGAUAAUAUCUACCAUUCAUUAAAUAAUUUUCUUGAAUCUACCGCAAUGCCUGAUUUUAUGGAUAAAAUAAAUAUAACAGAAAUAGAUAUUGGUGAUGAUUUCCCCAUUUUUUCAAAUUGUAGGAUAAAACAUUCAAAAGAUAAACUGGAAGGACGUUUGGAAGCAAAAAUUGAUGUUGAUUUAAGUGAUACCUUAAGUUUAGGAAUCAAUACUAAAAUAUUAUUAAAUCAUCCAAGACCAUUAACUGCAAUAUUACCUGUUAGUUUAAAUGUUUCAAUUAUUAGAUUUUCUGGUUGUUUAACAGUUAGUUUAAUCAAUACAAAUGAUCAAGAAUUUAUAGAUUUAAAAAAUAAUAAUAAGAAUAAUGAAAAAGAUCAACAAGGGACUGCAUUAAUGUUUUCAUUCUCACCUGAUUAUAGAUUAGAAUUUGUAAUUAAAUCAUUAAUCGGUUCAAGAGCAAAAUUACAAGAUGUUCCAAAGAUAAGUUCAAUUAUUGAAAAUAAAUUAAGAACUUGGUUUAUUGAAAGAUGUGUAGAGCCACGAUUUCAAGUUGUUCAAUUACCUUCAAUAUGGCCAAGAACAAAAAAUACAAGAGAACCAAUAACAAAAGAUGAAAAUGUAAAUAGUUAA